AUGGCGACUAAUACUUUGCCCGUGCGCCUGAACCCAUCCAGCCAUUCUGACGGCGACUGGGUUGAUCUCAAUGAUGGACAACACGCCCCGACUGUGGCCGCCACGGCCGAGUCAGAGUCAAUGACGGAGCGUAUUCAACGGGUCAGCUUUGAUGAGAAGAACCUGUUCAAAUUUUACAACAUCAAGUUCUCACCAACCCGGUACCAUCGAUUGAAGAAGUACUACUCUGAAGAACUCGAUGAUUUGUUUAAGGCGCCCUUUGAUACUUAUAAUCAAGAGGAUAAGGUGGACUUCCUACUCCUUCGAAACUAUCUCAGACGCAACCUACGUGUACUGGAAUUAGACCGUCAGCGAGAUGAGCAAGUUCGCCCGGUCUUGCCCUUCACCCAGACCAUCAUCGACAUGGUCGAGGACCGUCAGCGUCUGGUCCCCGUCGACAGUAAGCAGACCGCCAUGAUUCUCAAUAAUACCACCAAAAAAGUCCAGGAAACAACCAAGGCUAUCCUAUCAAACGACAUCAAGGCAAAUGAGUCAACCUUUGCCAGGGCCAUUAGCACAGUUGACCAGCUUCGCGGCCACGUGGACGAGCUUUAUGGCUUUUACUCUCCAUACGACCCAAUCUUUCCCUGGUGGAAUGAGGCACCAAAGAAGAGCUUCGAUGAAGCCCUCACGGGAAUAAAGGCGGCACUGGAAGCCAAGUUGAACGAGAAAACUGGGCCCGGGUCUAUCCGUGCUGCAGUUGAACCGAUUGGGCGAGAAGGCCUGCUCAACGAGCUCGAAGCGGAAAUGAUCCCCUACACGCCCGAGGAGCUCCUCAAACUAGCCAAAGAACAGUACGAUUGGUGCGAAAGGGAAAUGAAGAAGGCUUCAAGGAGCAUCAAACGCGACCAAGUGGGCUCCAUUGGGCCGGAUGCCACCGUAUCGGCUGAUCAAGUUGACGACGCAUCACCGGGGUUUGGCGACAACUGGAAGGCUGCGCUCGAGUAUGCCAAGAACAGUUAUGUCGAACCUGGUCAACAACCAGAGCUUGUUCGACAGCUGGCUCGUGAGGGCGAGGAUUUCGUUACCAAACAUGACCUCGUGACCGUCCCCAGCGUUGCUGCUGAGACGUGGCGCAUGUUCAUGAUCUCAGCAGAGCGCCAGAAGGAGUCGCCAUUCUUCCUUGGUGGACCUUCGAUUCUUGUCUCUUAUCCUACUGCAGAGAUGGACCACGACUUGAAGAUGAUGGUGAUGCGCGGGAACAACCCUCACUUCUCUCGGGCGACAGCUUUCCACGAGCUCAUCCCGGGUCACCGGCUUCAGCUGUUCAUGGCGAAGCGCCACCACCCGUACAGGAAGCUCUUCGAAACGCCGUUCUUUGUGGAAGGCUGGGCCAUGUAUUGGGAGUUCGUCUUCUGGAACAGAGGCGACUUCUUCGUCUCCCCCGAGGACAAGAUCGGUACCCUCUUCUGGCGGAUGCAUCGAUGCGCGCGAAUCAUCUUCUCGCUCAAGUAUCACUUGGGCGAGAUGACUCCUCAAGAGUGUGUCGAUUUGCUUGUCGACUGGGUUGGACACGAGCGCUCCAACGCUGAAGGCGAGGUCACGAGAUCAUUUGGAGGCGAAUACUCGCCACUUUACCAGGCAGGAUACAUGUUGGGAGCGUUCCAAAUGUACGGCCUAAGGGAGGAGGCGUUGAUGAAGGGAUUGAUGGGCGAGAAGGAGCUCCACGACAAGAUUUUGCGAGCAAACACGAUGCCGAUCGAGCUGCUGCGAGCGCUUGUGCUGAACAAGCCGCUGACCCCAGAUUACACGGCUAAAUGGAGGUUCUACGACUCAGUGUAA